AAGAGCGCAGGCGGGCGGCGUAGAUCGCGCCGCCGCGGUCAGACCAGUCGGACGGCUUCGAACCCCAGCCCGCCCCGCCCUGCCCGCGCCGCCGCCCUCCCUCCCGGAAACCCAGGCCCUCCCGCGAGCGCCCAGGCAGGACGCGCCCGGCCCCGCGCAGCCACCGGCCGCAGCCCCCGCGGUCCCGGCCCGCACCCGGGCGCCGGGCCAUGGGGCAGCCGGGCCGGCGGGAGAGGCCGGAGCAGGAGCCCGGCGGGAAGUGGGGUAGAUGUGGAUUCCCAGCGGCCGCCCCGGCCCCUGCCAGCGCUCCCCCUAAUCCACACGAUGGGAUUGUGAAUGUGGACAUUUCUGGGGGCUCCUGAGCCACUUGUGCUCUGCAUGAUGGGUGACGACGGCCUCUCUGAACACCCCAAACCCAUGGAAUUUCUCAACCUCUGCUUGGGAGACGACCUGCAGCCCUGCCCAGGAGCACACCUGCGGGAAACGCACAGCCAUCCUGACCCUCCCAAACCUUGUGUGGAACAGACCUGGUCCUCUGAGCCUCCCAAUUGCACGAAGCCAGAUGCUCCUCCCAGGGGCUCCAGCUCAGAGCCUGUGCACCCGGAGAGCAGCCCUUCCCAGGGGGGGCCCAGGCACAAAGCAGCACCCCCCGGGUCACCUGGGAGCAGCCAUCAUCUGGGGAGCCCCAGGCAGAGCCAGAGCUCGUCCACCCAGGUGGUGUUCUGGGCGGGCAUCCUGCAGGCCCAGAUGUGCGUCCUGGACCUGGAAGAGGAGCUGGAGAAGACAGAAGGGCUCCGGGCCGAGCUGAGGUGCUGCCUCCCCACGGUCCCCGCGGAGCUCCCUAGCUUCCCCUCCAGCCCCGCCGGCCCCCGGGGCUCAGGCCUCAACCCCAGCUUGCCCGUGGAGGAAGCCCCGGGGGGAGACAGCAGCGGGCCCGAGGGGGAGAAUCAGAAGCCCGAGUGGCCCAGGGAGGGAAGGCCAGACUCUUCCCCGGAGUGGGGUGCCGAGGAGGAGAGCGUGUUCUUCGACAACCCCCUCUUUUUGGAGAGCCCUUGCUCGGAUACCAGCACUUCUGGAGCUCGCUUUUCCUGGGGGUUCUCAGAUUCUUGCACAGACAUGAGACCUGGGCCCCAGUGUCCCGAGUCCCUGGAGCUUCCACCCCCAGGAGGUGGAGUGGCGCGAGAGCCAGGUGGUGAGCCGGAUUUGGGGGAUGGCACAUCUGAUUCCAGCGGACACACCACGCCUCCAUUCCCGGUGCCCAUCUACAAACCUCACUCCUUCUCAUGGGCCGUGGCAGACACCACCGAAGGGAUCCCUGAAGCACCUUCUGGCGGAGGGGAGAGUGAGACUUCUCUGGGAGACAGCUGUGACCCCGCCGUGUCUGUAGCAUCCUGUGUGGACAAAGCACUGACCUGGGAAACAAGACAUGUCGGAUCUGCCCCGAGCCCCGCCACACAUCCUGUGCAACCCUGGGCCCUGCCCAGCCCUGAAGGCUGGCAGACAGAAGGGGGUCCUUCCUGGCCUCCGGUGCCUCUUCUGUCCCAGGACCAAGGUGACAGUGAUGCUGAGUGUCCCCAAGGAUCUGCUCCCUGCACCUUGGCUCCUGGCCUGCUGGGGAGCCCAGCGUCUUCCCCGGAACCUAGCAGCCCCGCGCCUGAGAGCAGAGGCCCUGGCCCCCGGGAGGGCAGCCCACGGCUCUGGGGCCACCACCUGGGCAACAGUUUUCCCGAGUGGACACUAGAUGCCUCAUGCCCUUCACUCUUGGAGACAGACGGAGCAGAGCCGCGUUUCCUGGAGGAAGAGGCAGCAGGAGAGGCUCCAGACCCUGGGAAGGAAGUAAAGAGUGAAGGCCCGGCCAGAUCUCCAGAGGCUGGAGCCGUCGUCCAGCCUGGUGCCCACUUGACUUCUACAGAAGGGCUUCCUGAGAGCCCCAUGCCCCAAGCACAGUCCCCAGAGGAAGGCCAAAGGCCACAGGCUGGAGACAAGCUGGCGAAUGGUGUCAGGACCGACAAGGUGGCCUGGAAUUUGGCCUCUCGCCUCUAUCACCUGGAAGGCUUCCGGAAGUCUGAAGUGGCUGCCUACCUGCAGAAGAACAAUGACUUCAGCAGAGCUGUGGCCGAGGAGUACUUGUCCUUCUUCCAGUUUGGAGGCCAGAGCCUGGACCGUGCCCUCCGGGGCUUCCUGCAGGCCCUGGUGCUCAGUGGGGAGACUCAGGAGCGCGAGCGAAUCCUCUACCAGUUCUCCAAACGCUUCCAUUACUGCAAUCCUGGGGUCUUCUCCUCUGUAGAUUCUGUACACACCUUGACCUGUGCCAUCAUGCUCCUUAACACGGACCUGCAUGGACAGAACAUUGGGAAGGCCAUGAGUUGCCAGGAAUUCAUAACCAACCUGAACGGCCUGUGUGACGGCGGGAACUUCCCCAAGGAGCUGCUGAAGGCCUUCUACUGGUCUAUCCGGAGUGAGAAGCUUGAAUGGGCUGUGGAUGAAGAAGACGCAGCCAGACCAGAGGAGGCCCAGCUGUCUCCCACCGCAGGCAAGACGAACAAGCCCUUCCUCCAGCUGGCCCAGAACCCCACGGCACCCACCUACAAGCUGGGCAUCCUGGCCCGGAAGAUGCAUCAUGAUGCAGAUGGCAAGAAGACACCAUGGGGCAAACGCGGCUGGAAGAUGUAUCACACCUUGCUUCGGGGGAUGGUUCUCUACUUCCUGAAGGGAGAGGACCACUGCCCUGCAGAGGAGAGUUUGGUGGCGCAGAUGGUGGAUGAGCCAGUGGGGGUGCACCACUCGCUGGCCACCCCAGCCACCCAUUACACCAAGAAGCCACACGUCUUCCAGCUGCGGACUGCCGACUGGCGGCUCUACCUCUUCCAGGCACCCACCGCUAAAGAGAUGAGUUCCUGGAUCGCGCGCAUCAACCUGGCGGCCGCCACGCACUCGGCACCGCCCUUCCCCGCCGCGGUGGGCUCCCAGCGCAGAUUCGUCAGGCCCAUCCUGCCCGUGGGCCCCGCGCAGAGCUCCCUGGAGGAGCAGCAUCGAUCCCACGAGAACUGCCUGGACGCUGCCUCCGAUGACCUGCUAGAUCUGCAGAGGAACUUACCGGAGCGGCGGGGCCGCAGCCGAGAGUUGGAGGAGUACCGCUUGCGGAAGGAGUACCUGGAGUAUGAGAAAACCCGCUACGAGACGUAUGUGCAGCUGCUGGUGGCCCGUCUUCGCUGCCCAUCGGAUGACCUGGACCUGUGGGAGGAGCAGCUCGGGAGGGAAGCUGCAGGCACUCAGGAGCCCAAGCCCAGCCUGAAGAAAUCUCACUCGAGCCCGUCGCUGCACCAGGACGAGGCCCCCACCACGGCCAAGGUGAAGCGCAACAUCUCAGAGCGCAGGACGUACCGGAAGAUCAUUCCCAAGAGGAACCGCAAUCAGCUGUAAAGCCGACGCCACCUCACAGACUGUCCCCUGCUCGGGGUGGACCUGUGAUGAGACCCCACGGAGGAGCGUCGUGUUUCAGUGGGUCCGUGGUGCAGGGCGCGGCCUUCCCCUUCACCCAGAAGGACAACGCCUGUCCCCCUGUGGUCCUCGCUCUGUCCUGUGUUCACUGGAGCUUUCCCAAACUGCUGUGUCCACCCCGAUGGCAGCCCCCAGCCGCCCCAGGCCCCGGUUACUCCCAAGGGAGGAGGGAGGUCAAGGACGUGUGCUCGCAUGUCACCCUCUACCCGUCCACAAUCCACAGUGGCCACAUUUCUUGGGCCGGGAGGCAGCUUAGUGCUCAUUUGAGAAUCAGAGUAGCCCUGGGCCCUGGGCUUCCAGAGACAGGCUGGGGCAGAGGAAGCCUCUGGGCAGUCAAGUCAGGGGAGCCAUAGCCCUGAGGGUGAUCUUGCCCUGGGGAUCAGGUGACCUGCUCUGAGAGGUCCUGGGAGACCCCAGCCAGCCCCAGCCCCGGGUGACAGAGCACAGGGUCGGGCAGGGACUCCGAAGGCUUCAAGGACCAGCUCGGUGAGGCUGACUCUGGGGCCCUGGGCCUUUGUCUCCUUUCCCUCAUACGCAUCUGUGCACCAGGGGCAGAUGAGACAGGCCCCACGUCACACACCCAAUUGCUAAUCAUCAGAGUAGAGCCAAUGGUGGGCCGGGAGGGCCAGAAGGGGUUGGGGCCUCCAGAGCUCUGUGGAGAGGAACAAGGGGCCUUUGUUUCCCCAGAGCAGGGAAGGAGGUUCUCCAGGGUGGGACCCUGAGAGAGGCUGGGGGGCAAGAGGCGGUGUUGUCUCCCUGGGGCUCUCGGCAGCAGCUUGUCUGAGAGCCCUGAGGGCCAGGUGGAAGGCUGGCCCCUUCCCACACCCCAUUCCUUGCAUUUCAUUCCCAAGGAGGGGCCCCGCCCCCCCGCCCUCCUGCCCCCGUGCCCCCCUGCCAGCUCACAGGGAGCUGUGCUGCCCUCCCUGGGAAGUCCCCUUGUGCUGCCCUCUGGCUGCCUCCCAGCUGGGCUCUGGGGGAGGUUCCGGACACUCACGGACCCAGGCUCUGCCUGUGGGAAGGAGGCUGGGCUGGAGGGGCAGCCACCAUUGUCUCUGUUCAGCCAAGUGUGCCAGCCGGCUGCCGGCCAAGAGGGGCCUCUGCUGCCUGUCUGCCGCCUGCUGGCCGACACACUGCCUCUCUGGCCUUCCCACCGGGGCCCCUCUCCUCCCGUCCGUGCCUGUCACCAGCCCUGGGGCCUGGAACGCCACCAAGUGGGGGUAGCCCUUGGGGGACCGUGAGGGGUGUCCUGCCAGGGCCCAGGGCUGGGCCAGUACCCAGUGGAUACAUGAUCAAUGCAGGCCAGUGAAGAAGGAGGUGUGCACGAAUAUGUGAGGAAGGGGAGGGCCAGGCCGGGCCGAGCAGCUGGGGCCGCCUGCAGAGUGAGUCUGGGUCUCCCUUUGCCCCGGCACACCUGUGCCUAGGCGCAUCUGCGUGUGCAUGUGUAGGUGUGUGUGCGCCUGUGUGGGGAACGCACCGUGCAGGAGUCACACAUUCAUAGGCUGUCAACGUAGAGGGGGACCUCGGGAUCCCGUGUUCGUCCGUUCAUUCCUUCAUUCAUUUCACAAAUACUUUUGACCUCUUCUUAUGGGCCAGUACGAGGGGAUUCCAAAAUGACUUGAACAUGUCUCUGGCCUCUGAGGUAACAGUCCUGUUGUCUGGCUCCUUACUGUCAAUGUAGAAGCACACUUUAUCCUGCUGGUAAAGACGCAUUCCCACUCUUUGCUCAGGGAUUUGGAUUCAGGAGGUCUGGGCCAGGGGCACGGAUAUGUAUGUUUAAUGCAGCCUGGGUCACCGAUGUGCAGUUAAUAGGUGAAAACCUAGCAUUAGGUGGAUGUGACUUGCCCAGGACUGAUGCUUACAAGCUUAGCCUUGAGUGCCUUAUUUGACCUCACUGAACAUGUAUCCUUAUUUCUAAAACCAGAAUAAAAGGCAGAGGUUCGUCUGCAUUUGUGCAUA